AUGCCUUCUUAUCUCCAUCCGCGGUCGCGCUCGACCGUCUCCCUCUUCACAAUUACCCUCAUGUCGUCGCUCGUCAUCGUGGGCAUACCACAUCUCUUCCCCUGCCCCGUGCCGCGACAUGCCUACGCUGAUUCCGAAAUGAUCAUGUCCGCCGACGGACAGCAGAGGAUGGUACGGAAACGUAGAAGAAAGCCUACCGAGCCCCGGCUGCAUGGUGAAAGUGACGCGAAUUCAACUCUUAUAGAUGAUACGACUACCCAAAUCCACACGGUGACGCCGAAGAAUUCAAUACAUCGACAACAAGAGGGGACUGUAGAUGAAGAGAUUGUGAAAUUCCGGCAGAUGGAAGAGGAAGCGAGGAGUUUGGCCACGGUCAAGAGGGAAUGUCCGGUGCCGAAGCCCGGGGGCGUGAUCGGCCAGCUUCUUGGCUUUAGGAGUCAGGAUACAGGGAGUGGGAGGGACGGGAUCCCGAGGGCAGAUAUACCGGGGCGGGGGAGCGGGUCGUAA